UUGGACCUUUUUAACCGUGUUCGAAUAUUAUGAAUCGUAUUAUAAUUAUAUAACUUGUUCAACGUUGGUACCUUUAUAUGUUAUCUUAUUUGUGAUGUGCUAUACGGCUGAACAGUGUGAGAUACAGUGCCAUUUGAUAUUAGCCCAUCUAAAACGCCUGCUACGGACCUCUUUAUCUAGUGGAACUACGAAUGAAUCCUAUAAUUCUCUAUUGCAAAGUUUCAUCAUGCAAAUUCUACAAAAUCCCAUAACAAUACGAGCAAAUGGUUAUUUUACUGUAAAUUUAAAAUCAUUGAUGAAGAUUUUAGCUAAUAUUGCCACCUAUUUAAUAAUAUUAAUGCAAUUUCGCAAGGCUAACGUAAGCGAAGAGUCCAUAGAACUAACAGCCACAAUUUCCAACUUACCUGAUACCAUUAAUGGUUCGUUUAAAUAUGAUGUAGAGGAAAAUUGAAUUGAAAAUUGGACAUCGAUGCUAUUUAAUUAUUUGCUGGAGGUAUGUACUAUAUACCGCAUUACACUAACCACUCUAUGUUUAAGUGAAAGUUUUGGCCUCUAGCCCCUAUAGUCUUAUCGCUCGUGGAAACUCUCCCCCAAAAAAACAAACAAGUUUUUUUUUUAUUAAUCACAUUCUUAAUGGACUUAAUAACAAAGAAAUAAAACAAAUAUAAACAAUUGUUUUAAAAGAAUUAAAAAAACACCAUUG